AGCCGUACAAGAUGGCUGACACUUGUUAGUGGUGUGUAUUUUUAUUUCAAGUCAAUGUGCAUUUUCUAACGAAAUCCGAGUGCUUCGCUUCGGCGUGAAAAGCGUGUAUUAUUGUGAAAGAAUAUUAUCGUUCGUUUUGUUAUUAUUUGAAACAAUUUUUUAACCGUGUUUCGUCGCGAUGUGUCGUGAAAGUGUGUGAGGCCCAAUAAUUACCCGUCACUCAGCCAUGUUCAUGUGAGUUCUUUUGUUAUGACAAUUGCAGUGAAAUUCGCGUGUGAUUAUUGUAAAGUGCCUGUGGUGGGAUCAUUUUUUGAUCAAUUCGAUAAAUUUGAUCAAGAAAAUCUAACGAGAUUGAUAAAGUCCGAAAACAAUAGACUAAAUGAAAGGAGUUGCGGACUGCUGGUGUCAUAUGCGGAGGUGAGGUGAAGCUGGAACAUAGGAGGGAUGAAUGGAACGGCGGCUUUUCGGCACAGCGUCGGUGGAGGUGGGGGUGGUGUCGCCAGCCCAGGUGGAGGGAAUCCUGGCGAACUUAUACCCGUCACCAUCCUCGUCAUCUAUAAGGAUGAUGCUGGAUAUGGAAUGAAAGUGUCUGGCAACAACCCCGUCUUUAUUCAAUCUGUCAAGAAAGGCGGUGCUGCAGCCAGAGCCGGAGCUCAUGCUGGAGACAAAAUAAUCAAAGUGAAUGGAGAGGAUGUAAUGCACUCGACACAUGAGGACGUUGUGAAACUUAUAAAAGCCUCGACAGAAGUGGUUUUGACAGUGCAACAAAAACCAGUGAGUUCUGGAGCAUCGGGUUUACCAGGCGAUCAUCCGGGACAACAGCAACAACAACAACAACAACAGCAUCAUUAUCAUCAUCCAGUUGGUAUCACCACAGUGGGUACAAUGGUAUCACCUUCGCAACCUGCCACAUCCCUCCACAGGGCAUUUACCGCACCAGCUGGAGGUGUAUCGUGUACCGAUCGCAUUACUGGGCCACAACCCGUCGACGUAAGUCCCUAUCAUCAUCAUCAUCGCACGAAUUCUGGCAUUGCUUUUCAUAUCUACAGCAACGAAAAUAAUAAUAAUAAUCAUCAUCACAAUACUUCUAAAUCUCCACGCUUAGAUUCUUAUUUUUCCCCUGCUUCUUCAUUCUCGCCUGAUUCACCUUCACGUUUGUUACGAAAUCCGAGAACUUGGAGGCUUUUUGCCAGUACACCAGUUGUUAAUCACGAAAAGAAGCGUGAACUAGAGACUGCAAAAGUGCAUACAAUUCAAUUAAUGUUGGAAAAGGAGCAAAGCUAUGUAGACAAACUUCGCAGUGAACUAGCCAAAGUCGGAGCUGGAAACUCCAACAGCAUCGCGUCAUUACAAACUGAAUUAAAUGGAGCUGAACGAAGAGUUCGGGUCUUACAAGAAAGACUCAAAGCCGUAUCGAACAAUGAUCAUCUUUGCUCGGUAACAAACACUUCAUCUUCCCCAAGUCAUUUGGCGGUUCUUGACUUACCCUCGAGCAGCCGUUGCUGUGAUAUACCGCCACCCUUACCUUCCCGAAAAUCUCUCUCCAUGCAAAGUCUUUCCCCACCCCCACUGCCACCUCGUCCACUACCACCCACUUCAAACACGCACAACACAGUCCAGCUGGAGCGACAACUGCUGUCACAUAUAAUGCCUCCCACCACCGGUCAUGGCAUACCUUACUCUUUGUCGCAGGGAGCGCAUUUAGGAUCGCCAAGUUCACUCAAUAAGCAUCAUCGAACGAAGUCGAGCCCCGAACAAUUAAGUACGACGAUGAUAUCGCCCGCGGAAGCCAGUAGAUUAUUGAUUGCUUCGGAAUCGAUGAAAGAUCUCUCUCCUCCGAGACAUGGACGUCAUAGUGGAAUCGACCUGGAUGAUCCUCCUCACAUCACACCUCCAGGAACUCCACCUCCUCCUUAUCCUCCCAGUUCUAAUAAUUCGAUAUCUUCCGGAUUAAACGAUAGCUACAGUUUUUUGACGACGUCGUCACCGAAACAUAAUGCGAGUCUUGGCGAAAGCAGUCCUGGUCUUCCAACUGUUCAAAAACCAAUUAUAUCGAUGGAAGAUGACGAUAUGAGUGAUCAAGAAGUGGGUCAAUUGGAAGAUCACGGUCCGUUUAAAUAUCUUUCCAAAUUAUGGGGGCAUCACGCACAUCUUGCAGUUUUUAUAAAUUAUGUUUUGUCCACUAACGAUCUCUCCAGUUUGUUAUUUUAUUUAAUAACGGAUCUGUACAAAGAAGGGAAUGCAAAGGAAAUGCGAAAAUGGGCAUAUGAGAUACACUCUAGUUUUCUCGUUCCUGGCGCUCCUCUUCGUCUAAACAAUGUGGACGAAAAUGUUGCGCGCGAAAUUGAUGACGUUCUUUUAAAGGAGUCUGAUAAAGAAGAGAUUCUAAGAAAGAUCUUUUGGAAAGCAAGAGCCAGAGCCAAGGAAGAAUUAAACGAGCAACUCGCUGAUUUUCAAGUAAAAAGAAUUGCAGGUUUAGGAACAUUAUUUGGACCCUGCGAUCCUGAACUUGAUGAAAGUAAAUCAGAUAAAAGUCGAGAAAUUAAAAUUAUCGAGAAAUAUCUUUUACCAAAAGUUGAAGCAUAUUUAGAGGACAUAGAGAAAGAGAAUGUUGAUUUACGUCAAUUUUUAACAGCUGCAGGUUUAGCAACAGUAUUGACUAAAAUAUUUCAAAUUCGGCCAGUGUCCAUUGAACGAGUCCCAAUAUUCGUCGCUAAAGAUAAAACAAAUAUUAAAGCGCGACUGCUCACGGGAAAAUCGCGAAAAAUGACCAUCAGAGGUCAUCAUUUUAUAGCUCAUCAAUAUUUUACUGUAGAUUAUUGUAAUCACUGCCAGAAUAUUAUCUGUGGAAUUGGACCUCAGGGAUAUCAGUGCAAUAAUUGCACUCUCAAUGUACAUCGUCAGUGCGUUCGAGUUGUCGAGGAAAAUUGUACCGGUCCUUUAGUUCGAAAGGAAAAGGGAAACGAUCGUAUCAGCAAAUUCAUGGAACGUAUUCGUCCUGAACGGAAACCACCCUCACAUCAUCAUCACCAUCACAAUCAAAAUCACAUGCAUUUCAUCGAACGUAUCAAAAGGUCAGAAGAAGAAGCUACGUUAACUGACGGUGAAAACGGAGAUCAUCGUGGAGGCGGCGCUACCGGAAGUACACGUAGUAGCAGCGAACGGGGACGCGUUUCCGCUUAUGGUGGAGGUAGUGAUCACGCUGAUAGUAUGGACGAUCCUUCCUCGAGGGAGGACAUUUCCGAAAUGGUGCAGCAACAUAUAUCCAGUAAGCCAAAGACAUCAAACAUAAACAGGUCUGAAAGUUACAAGGAGCGGAUACAUCACAAGAGACAAGUACGGGAAAAGCGAAAAACCAGUGAUCCAAAUCUAUCCAAAACAAAUGAUUGUGACACAACUGGAGCUUUUCCUGGAAAUUCAGCGGGUAGUUCAUCUAAUAGUAGUUUAUCAACGAGAAGCUUAGACAGUCCAAGCACAAGUCUGGAACAGGUUCCCACGACCUCGGCAUCAAAUACAUCGACUUCCUGGGACAGCGAUGUUGACGUCGAGCCAGAUCCUCCAGACUGGAGUCAUGGAGUUGCCGAGGAAGUACUGGCACGUCUUAGCAAUUCAGAAAAGAAGAGGCAAGAAGUUAUUAAUGAAUUAUUCCACACGGAACGAUCACACGUGCGAGCGUUGAAAGUUCUAUCGCAAGUCUUCCAUAAACCACUAUUGGAAUCGCAAGUACUUCCCGUAGACCAAAUACAUCUACUGUUUUCGAAUUUAGAUGAAAUGGUGACAAUUCAUUCAAGUUUCAAUCAGGCAAUGAAACGAAAGAAAAAGGAGAAUCCCUGCGUUGAGGACGUGGGUGAAUUACUACUGGAAAUGUUUGAUGGCGAAGCAGGCGAUGCUUUUGAAUGCGCCGCGUCAAUUUACUGCGCCAAACAACAAGUUGCACUCGAUGCACUUCGCGAUCGACGUCGCAAGGAUCCAAAACUCAAUAGUUUUCUGAACGAAGUGGAGGCAAAUCCACUAUGUCGAAGACUACAACUCAAGGAUCAAAUUCUCACUGGUAUGCUCAGGUUAACCAAAUAUCCUCUUCUAUUUGAGAAUCUAACCAAAUAUACACCCGAGACUAAUGAAAAGGAAAGGAGUGCAAUUAAUCGCAGUCUCGAGCGUAGCAAAGAAAUACUUAGUCGCGUUAAUCAAUCGGUUAAAGAAUACGAGGACUAUCAGAGACUCGCUGAAAUUCAACGCACCAUUGACAAAUCGGCAUUCGAGAAGUGCACCGACAAUCCAACAGUGCAAGAAUUCAAAAAUCUCGAUUUCACAAAAAGACGACUCAUUUUCGAGGGACCAUUGCAAUGGAGAAUUGUCAAUCGAGCGAAACUUGUUGAUCUACAUGUGGUUCUACUCGACGAUAUUAUUGUCCUUUUGCAGAGGCAGGAUGAGAAGUAUCUAUUGAAAUUAGUCAACAGUCAGCCGAGUACGGUUCUGAGUCCAAUUGUUAAGAUUUCGACAGUCCUCGUUAGGCACAAUGCAGUCGAUCACAAUUCUAUUUAUCUUGUGAAUACAUCGCAGAAUGGAGCGCAAAUUUAUGAACUAGUCGCAUCGUCGCAGGCUGAACGAAAAUUGUGGUUUAAACACAUUUCCGAUACUGUGGAAGCUUACAAGACGAAGGAUAGGGAAGGUAGAAGACCGACACCAUCGGCAACGAUAGCGCAGGAAAUAACUCCUCUCUCGGAGGAACCAUCUGCACCGGAAACUGAGGUGAUUGGCGAGAAAUUGGAUCACGAGAAGGAGUCGAAGGAAUCGAUUGAAGAGGCGACGUCAACGACAACAGCAACGGCGACGACGACGACGACGACGCGUGCAAAGGAAGAAGAGGAAACGCCGGAUGCGCCUGAAAUUCCCGAAGCGAGUGAGAAAGCACAACAGCCGAAAACUGAAGUACACGCACCAGGUAUUGGAGAAACAUUGCGAAUUGUUACCUGUACACAAUGUUCCCUUAUAGAACCAGAUGAGGUUCAUAUUGAAGAGCCACUUAUUCUUGUUGCUGAAGAAGUGAUCACGCCAAUUGAACAUUUAAGACGCAAGGAUGAAGCGAUCAAGCAAGCUCUAACCGAAAAGCAAGCUUUGGUUGCCGAUAUGUUAAACCUAUCUCGAGAAGAUUUUGAGCAUGUCGCAGAUAUUGCAGCAGAGCCAUCUGAACUCGAGAAAGAACCUGCUGAACUGAUUCUUGCUGCUAUUAACCAAGCAAAUCAAUUAGUAGAAAUGUUAAAUUCCGCGUUGACUGUCAGUGAAUCGGAAAUUGUUCUCGCUACUAGAGGUGCUUCGUCAUCACCCGCUGGUUGCGAGGCAACGAGUUGUUCCUCGUCUCGUGUUGAGCCGCAAAUUCAACAACGCACCGUACCCGUUACAAAUUUACAACCAAUUUGUACAACUCUUAACACUCAGCUUACUGAACUUCUUAGAAUUGUUAAAGUCAGAGAAGAUGAACGAGAGAAUUUACGAAGGGAAUUGCGAAGAAGUCGAGAAAAGCUUCACGCAAUGGAUAAUAAAGCACAGCGAGAAGAAAAUUUAGUUACUUCAACGUCUAACAUUCACACACAAACAGAAAUUGAUGAGGAACCUAAAGGGGAAAGCUGCAGUGAACAAGCUAACAAAGAUGAUUUUGUCGACGCGGAGAGUGAACCGGAAAAUGAAAUUGAAGAGGGUGAGGAAAAAGUGAAAGCAGUAACCGAAGUAAUGGGAGACAGUGUGGGUUGAUAGCUCCACUAAAAAUUGUCAGGGAAUUUUUUGCGAUAAUUUGGUGCAUUUCACAAAAAAAAAGAAAAAAAUGAAAAAAAAUCGAGCAGGUUCGAGCCAUGAACGCUCGUACUAGAGAAAAUCAAAAAAUUAUGUAAAAACAAAAAAAAAAUGAAAAAAAACAAUGAACGAUGGCUAGUAGCUGUUUAUCGAAUGUAACAGUGUUAGAUAUCUAUUACAGAUCAAUGGGUCUAAGCUUAAAUCAUAUCACCAAAGAUUUUAUGUAAAUGGAUUCUUUCGGUGUUGUAGCAGUCGAUUCGGUGUCUUAAAAGUCAACGAAUUCGUAAUCUACAGUGCUUUAAAAAAAAAAAUGCUCUGCAAUUUUUUCAGGAGAAAAAGAAGCAUUGAAAAUAAUAUUUGCCUGGAUGGCGAAUUUGUAUUUAUAUAUAGUCAAUUUAAUUUCGUACUCGAUAUUCGACGAUUUUUCUACUAAAAAAGCCUCAAAUACGAUGUUCCAACAAGGCGUAUUUUUUACACAAUUUUCUCACUGGUUUACCUAAGAAAAACAAGAAAAGAAUGCAUGUACAUAGGUAUUCCAGUCAGUCCGAUCUUGAUAUUUUCUAUAUCACUUUUGAUGUUUCCUAGUCCAUUUUUUUCGUAUAAGAAGUAUUUCUUUUCUUCGGGGACUGAAAUAUUGCAAUUUUUUUUAUUUAUUUCUCGUUUUUUUUUUGAAUUUGCAAAAAAAUUUAAUUCAUUAGUUUCAAAAAUUUAUUUAAAAAAUAGUUUUUAUCUUUAAAAAAAAUUGAAUUAAAUGCUUCAGUUUCUAUUUUGACAUUAAAUGAAAUAUUUAAGUGAAUAAAAUUGAAUAUUUUAAAUUCUGUUUUCAAAAUUUUAAUACAGUAUUAUUUUGAAUUAAAAAUUAAAAAUUUGAUUUUGCUAAUCAAUAAAUUGAUUUAUUUAUUUAUCUAAUCUUUGAGAGCGUAAUAAAAAAUUCCUUUUAUAAACAUUUUUUUAACGAAAUGUUCCAUUUUUAUAUGUUUACAAUAUUGGGAUGAUGAAUAAAAAGUACGAAAUUUUAACCAAGGACUUUUGCCGAGCCUAAUUUAUAGAGAAAAACAAAAAAACAGUAUGCUCCGCGGCAUUGAAACGCUAAUUAUGAUCGAUAUAUUGAUAAAUAUAGAUUUUUGUUCUUGUUAUACAUUAUUAUUAUCAUUAUGAUUAUUAUCUAUUAUUAUUAUUAUUAUUAUUAUUAUUAUUAUUAUUAUUAUUAUUAUUAUUAUUAUUAUUAUUAUUAUUAUUAUUAUUAUUAUAUUAUAUUAUUAUUAUAUAAUGUGCAUGUGGCAAUUAAAGCAGUUUUUAAAUGAAACAUACAUCAAGUGCCUGUUUUUUACAUAAUGCAAUAUUUUAGAAUAAUUGUACUCAUCGAAGGUAUACAAAAAAAUCCAUUUUUCACUAAUGUAAAACAAUUAAUUGUCAUUGUACUAAACAUUUUUAAAGCGAUUUUACAAAGUAGGUUUUUCUUUCAUGAUAUUUUUCAUUUAAUACGCAAGGAACGAGAAAGCUGAUUUGAUGUGAAAACAAAAUUUCGGUGCUAUUUUUUAAACUAUAUUAUAUAAAGUUCCUCAUUUAAAAAAAAUCGUUCGUGAUUUUCAAACUCCAAAAUUUUAUUUUGCGAGUUUUUUCAUUCUUUAAUGAGCGAGAGACCAAAAAUACAUUUUUGUCAAUAAAACAUAUACCUGCCUUCUUUUUUUGCAGUGAAUAUACAGGUAUCGAAAUAUUUUCUUAUUUAAUCUUUAGAAAAAAAGAAAAAAAAAUUGGUAAUUGGAAUCGUCUCUCGAUUUUUUUAUGUCCAGUGUUAAAUGCAUCCAAUAUUGGUAAACGUAAAACACACUGACAGGAGUUCGAAAGUAUUCUAGUGAAUAAGAUAAUAGUCGAUUGCCAGAGGUAUUCAUUAUAGAAUAAUGCAGCUAAAUUAGACUAUUAGUAUAUAUUAUAUAUGCGAUAAAAAUAAUAUUUGCUCUAAGGCGAAACUUUUUCGUAGGGAAAAAAUUAUAACAAUAUUCUUCUUCCAUUAUGGAGUCGCAAAUGAAAAGGAAAAGAAAAAAUAUACCUGUUGUCUUAUUCAUAGACAGCCGAGCAAAAAGACUUGUCUACUUACAUAAAAUCUUUGUGACUGUUAGAUAUACUAAUAUCAUACCUAAUACUGAACUUUGAAAUGGUUAUAUAUUAUAAAUAGAAAUAAUAAUGUACAUGUAUAAAAAUAUUUAAUAACAUUAUUAGUUACUAUAAUAGUAAUUAUUAUUGCUAUACACACGCUUUCAGUGAAAAUUUCGGUUAAAAACGACAAAUCACGAUUAUAUAAGAAAAAAAGAAAAAAAGCUGAGACUUUUUUCAUGUAUCCAACAAAAGUUUGACUUCCAUGUUUUUAACCGAGGUUUCAAAUUAGUCGUAUUAUAAGUCGUAUCUUAUUUUUUUAACACUUGAGCUUUACUAUUAUAAAACCAAGGAAAGAUUUUUAGAAUAUUUAUAAUAUUCAAUAAAUUUAAGUUAAAACUUA